CAACACUCUCGCAGAACAGUGCUCGCAGAACAGUGCUCGCAGACAGCGUCGCGACUCGAUUUUCUCGAUUCCGCGCCAGAGUUGUUCGUCGCUUGUGAGGAUGUGAGAGGUUUUCACUUGGAGUAGAACCUUUUGCAGCCCUCUCCAACAGAAGCUCAAUUUCACCCUGCGCAACGAAAAUUUUCUAACCUGACAGGAAAAGCGCACACCGCACAUAGCACGAUGGCAUCUUCGUCGGCUCUCCCUUCACCUCAGGCCGCCGCCGGCAUCCCCGCUGGAAUGGAAAAUUUCGUGGUCGGCCUGAUUGGUAUGGGAGACAUGGGGAAGAUGUACGCGCAGAGGCUUUCUGCCGCUGGAUGGAAGAUCAUGGCUUGUGACCAGGAAGAAAAGUACGAGAGCCUGAAAGAAGAGUUCUCUGGAAAUAACAAUGUACAAAUCUGCCGAAAUGGCCACUACGUCUCCCGCGCCAGCGACUACAUCAUUUACAGCGUUGAAGCUGCCGCCAUUGACCGCGUGAUCGCCCAGUAUGGACCAUCAACCAAGCUCGGCGCCAUCGUCGGCGGCCAAACCUCCUGCAAGGCCCCCGAGAUCACAGCUUUUGAGCGCCACCUCCCCACCGACGUCGAAAUCGUCUCCUGCCACUCCCUCCACGGCCCCAACGUCGACCCGCGCAACCAACCCCUCGUCAUCAUCGGCCACCGCGCGUCCGCCGCCGCCGUCGCGAGAGUCGAGACCGUCCUCUCCGUCCUCGGCUCCAAGCACGUCCACCUCACGGCCCUCGAGCACGACCGCAUCACCGCCGACACCCAGGCCGUCACCCACGCCGCCUUCCUCUCCAUGGGCAAGGCCUGGCACGCAAACACCCAGUUCCCCUGGGAAAUGUCGCGCUACGUCGGCGGCGUGGAGAACGUCAAGAUCAACAUCAUGCUGCGCAUCUACUCCCAAAAGUGGCACGUCUACGCCGGCCUCGCGAUCCUCAACCCCGAGGCCCGCAAGCAAAUCUCCCAGUUCGCCCGCUCCGUCACGGACCUGUACAAGCUCAUGCUCGAAGGCAACGCCGCCGCCCUCCGCGCCCGCGUUCUCGCCGCAAAGGAAAAGGUGUUCGGCCACGACGGCAGCCCCAAGUGGGCGGACCGGCCCCUCCUGAACCCGGACCUCCUCGAGCGCUUCUCCCUCGGGAAGAAGGAGGACCAGACGGAGCCGCAGCGCGCAAACAACCACCUCAGCUUGCUGGCCAUGGUGGACUGCUGGGCGCAGCUGGGCAUCGUUCCCUACGACCACAUGAUUUGCUCGACGCCGCUGUUCCGGCUGUGGCUCGGCGUCGCGGAGCACCUCUUCCGCAGCCGCGAGCUGCUCGACGACGCGCUGCGGACGGCGGUGGAGGACCACACGUACCGCUCCGACGAUCUCGAGUUCACGUUCGCGGCGAGGGGGUGGGCCGAAUGCGUUUCGCUGGGUCACUUUGAGACGUGGAAGAACCGGUUCGAGACGACGCAGCAGUUCUUCCAGCCUCGGUUCAAGGAUGCCGUGGCUGUGGGCAAUGCCAUGAUGAAGGCUGUGUUGGAGAGCACCAAGGAUUGAUGAUGGACGUUUUGUGUGUGAUGGGAAUGGGGAUAGAGCUCAUGAAAUGUAGUUAUGAUGGAUGAUUUCCAUUGAUUGACAGAGCCUUGGCAGGCUUCCCUU